GUGUUAACUUCUUUUGAAGUAUAAAGAUUUUUCUAGAAAAAUGUGGGAGACUAUCUCCUGAGUGUCAAGGAAACUAGAAUAAGAUUUAAAAGACUUCUUUAGGGAAGUGUAAAGGGGAUUACAUCCUAGUAAAGGGUUUCUUUGAAACCAUAAAAAGGAUCAUUAUGAUUUUGAUAUAUUAUAUAUUACAUGGAUCAUGUUAUGGUAAACCACACUCCACUUUAUCACAUCCAUUGGAAUUAAUGUUAGUAGAAAUAUUUGAUAUUUGUGAUUGUGAGGGGUCUUGUGUUGCUAGUAAUAUGAUGACCACACAGGUUAGUAUUGGUAUUUUUAUUUAACGAAAUUUUAUGUUGAGAUUUUGAUUUAUAUUUGUGGCCAUUAAAGUUAUAUUUGUUAUAUUUGACUCGAGUCAUUUUUUAAAAUAUAUUUUUCAAAGUUUUAAAAUCAAUCAGCAUUGUUUAAGUGAGAGAAAAUGUCAGAAAAUUUUAUGUGGGAUUUUGGUAAUUGUAUUUGGUAUUCAAAAUUAGGUUAAAUGAAAAUUCAAUAACUCUCAAUAAAGUUAUGUAUAGAACCUGAAAUUAAAAGUGGAUGGCUUGAUGGGUGCCCAGAAUAUUAUUAUAAUGGGUAGGUACCUUCUUCCAUUCAAAAAUAUAAAUAGUAGAGUUAGGAAGUGAUAUAUAGUAGAGUUAGGGAGUGAUAUGAUCUAUUAGUUGUCACCAUAUAAAAAUUGAAUUGGAAGAGGAAGACCCAAGUCUCCAUAUUAAUCAUAUUUGUUUUGCAGAAUGAAAUUGUAAUGAUCCUUAAUGAUUUUUGGGUAACAUAUUGAUUGUACAGAUUAAGGUACCCAAUUUAUUAUUAUUAUUAUUUAUAUCUUGGUAUUUUAAAUCUUAUAUAUGUUGAUCCUUAAAUUUUAACAAAUUUAUCCUUAUUUUUUUAGGAUAUUUGUUCCUGGGGGUUUAGCCAUUUAGCGCUUGUUUGGUUCCCUAGAUUAUUCACAGGAUGGGACAAAAAUUAGUCUGAACCAGUAAUAGCCCACGUUUAGUGGUGUUAAUGGAUAUGAUAAAAAAUAUCCUACAUUUUGUCUAGUGCUAACCUCAAGCAAUAAAAAUUAUGCCACCUACCCCAUGGGUUAAGGUGGGAUGGAUUAAAUUUUUUCCAGAAUUCUCAUCACAAUCCACAAUCACCUCCCAUUUCUCCUCAUCUCAUUGGUCAUCACCAUAGCAGGUAUCACUCUGUUGAGUUUUACGUCAAUUCUUUGAUAAGUCUGAGAUCUACAUUUUCUUUUUUGUUUCUUCGUUAAGUACAAAACUCAGAUGUAUGCCCUUUUUCUCACUCGCAGCAAUCCAACAAUUCCUACGUAUUUGUUCUUCUUUGGCACUGAGCUACUGAUUUUGGUAAGUCUCUAACCUUUAUCUUUGUUCUUGCAUAUUGUGUUUAUGCUAACUUUGUAGAAAAAAUAGAGGAAUAACAAGCUUUUGGGUUGGGCAAUAAUUCAUGCCUUGUGUGUGUAUUUGGGAGAACUGUAUGAACUACCUUGUAUAUAUGAACUAUAAGUGAGGUAUUAAUUUUAAAAUUUCUCUUAAUUAUUAAUGUUGAUGAACUCAAAUUAUUUCCCAAAACAUGCUUAAAUUUUUUCUGUGUUUUUGAUAAAAAGAUUGUGCAAAUUGUUGCUCUUGAACUGUAGUGGAACCAUCUUUCCCCAAUAUUAAACAGAAGAACAAUAGAAACUUAUGUCUCUUUUUCGUGAAAUUCUAGCAAUAUGUUGCGAUGUUUAUCCAUAUAAUAUUCCGUCCUAUCUCAAUUCUUUCUGUCUAUUCUAGCAGUAUACCAUUUACCACAUAUAUCUUCUUGGUAUGAUUAUAUUUCAGAAUGAAGUUGAAAUUGCUAAAAUUCAGUUUUGGGAUUCUUUGGACUUGAGAGCCUGUUGCUGUGUUUACUGCUUCUCUGUCAGCCUCACUUUUAUUGUCUUGAGAUUACUAGGAUUUAUUUUGUUUAGGAAAGAGAGAUAAAGGUUUGAUUGUUUGUGCUAGUUAAAUUCUACAGCGUGUGAUACUUGUGCAUGGUCUAUGGAUGUUUAAGCAGCUUUGUCAAAAGGCAUCGCAUUUAUUGUAAGCAUGAGAUUUUAGGUGGGUGUCAUAAUUAGAUGGCACAAUAUAACUCAGUUUUGUUC